AUGACUACAGAUAUAGCAAAAAAGAGUAUAUCCGCUCUUGCGUUGUUACCCGUCGGAAUACUACAAAAUAUCGUCCUCAAACUCGAUUAUGCCUCAUUAAGCAACUUGACUCUUGCUCUUGGUAGAGAGGUGUCUGUAAACCAAUGGUCUAUGAUCAAGAAAGAGCGUUCCGAGAGACGUCUAUUUUCGGCAUUGCCUCCAGAGAUUUACCAGGAAAUCGUUUCUCACAUGGACUCGCCCUCGAUUCAUGCCUUAAUUCACGCAUUGAGGCCAUCCAGGGAUAUUAGGUGGUUGGUCCGCGUAUUGCUUUAUUGGAAAGCCUUCCUUGAAUACAAAGUACCAAUGAUGCAUUGGGCAGCAGAUAUCGGGUGCAAAGAAUGCCUUUCUUAUUACAAACACGAAUACCUCUACGAGAUGUACAGCAUGGAAGGGUUUACGCCCCUUACUGUGGCAGCAUACAAGGGUCACGAAGAGAUCGUGUGGGACCUCCUCACCGAAUAUGGCUACUCAGGUAUGCGAAAAGCGGAUACCAACGAAACAGCGCUGAUCCUCGCCUGCGACGCGGGCCACAAAACUAUCGCCGAAAUGCUGUUCAUGUGGGGCGCCGAUCCGCACGAAUUUGACGAUGAUGAUCGCACCGCUCUUUCGGUCGCGACGAGUCGCAAUCAUCUUGGGAUUAUGAAAAUGCUGAUUGACGGAGGAGCCCGUAUGGAUACUUACCAUGGACCAGUGUGGGGAACUCCUCUCGACAUUGCUGUUGACUGUGGGUACCCCGAUGCCGUUGAGCUCUUGCUCAGGUCUGGCGCAAAGCCUGUGCACACGGGCAACGCCGGCAUUAGUCUGUCCACGAUGGAGCGUGCCUUGAUAUAUAAGGGCAACGCGCAUUGGCUGCACCUCAACAAGCACCCGCAACAACGACCUCCCCCGAUCACUGUUCAAGAUACAGAAGACACAAGGCUGAAAAUCGUGAGCCUUCUCUGCCAGUAUAAGAUCAACCUAAAUACCAUCUAUGGCCCGCGUGACACUACUGUUAUGCACCUCGCAGCAUCCAAUCUCGCCGCGAAUGUCAUCAAGGUCCUCUGUGGCCAGAACAUGGGCAUGAUCAACACUCUCGAUCCCCGUGGUUCCUCUCCUCUACACCUGGCUGCCCUCAAAGCUAAAUGCGUUGACGACCUCGAGACCUUUGAGGCGCUGCUCAAACACGGCGUCGACUGGACGAUCCGGGAUUCGCGCGGCCGGACGGCGAUGGAUCGUGUGCCUAGGAAGCUUUGGUGCGAGGCCUACAAGAUCUUCGGCGCCAGGCUGAGCUGGUAUGAGGACGUCGGGAACAUGGUCGCAUACUACACCUGGUAUGGCUUCUACUCGUGGGCUCGGAAGACGUGGAUCCACCCGAUCCUGUGGGCUCUCUCAAGAGCCUAUCCCGAGCAGUACAAUUGGACCGGCGCCUUCGUGUGCAGCAUCCCACAAUCCGCUGUCUAUCUUUGUCUGGCCAGCAUUUUGAAUGCGAUCCGGGGCUCACUACCAGUCCGUCUCAUGCACAAACUGCUCCGUGGGAUAGUCGACAUCGUGCAGCCGGUCAUCGUCAGCCACCUCAACGAUAUCCGAGGCCUCACCGCUUACCAGUGCCUCACCAGUCGCUUCAACACGCGCUUCUUCUGGAAGGUCUUUUACGCCAGCUGCAUUCUUAUGCAUCUAGUCGUUAUUUUCUCCCUGAAUCUUGGAGGUGGCCCAAAGCUUAAGGUCAACGGGGCGGAUCGGCUCCAGGCUCAUGAGCGCGGGGGUGCGAACGGCGUCUGUCUCAAGAACCAAAGGCAUUAA